AGGAGGACGCUGCCGUUAUAUAAAUGCACAAUGAACGCUCCGCAAUAUGGCCACUCGACAAGCGCGCGGCACCGGAUGGGUUUCAGGAAGCAGGUCAUGCUAGCUUUGAUUCUGCUGAGUCAUUGCGUAGCCAUGACCGUACGAGCCGGCUACCCCGUGCGCUCUGGCUUCGUCCUUCCCCGAAUACAUGGAGCCAUCGUGCCACGGAUACUUCCACUGAGGCCACUAGGCCUUUCUGCAACCACAAGGGCUGACACAUUACCGCCACCGAACUUGGCCGCUGGAACAUUCCACGGGGUCCCACCGGUGCUCGAGAGGUACCCGCUUCCAUCGUACCCGCUGGCUCCCCCAUCCACGGACACACACGCCGGUGGAAUAACCCCUGUCGUCUUCACACGUCCACCCAUCGUUCCGGUAUCGCACCAUCCGCUGCACACAUCACACAGUACUUUCGGCCCGCUUCCGUCUUUCACUGUUAAAUUGGGUCAUCGGGUCCCUGCCGUGGGUGGUGCCAUAGUGGGAGGUAGACCAGCAGUGCGAGCUUUCGUGCCACGGAUUCCUGUCAUCACCAAGGUGCUGCCGGGUUCGAAUUCCGAGCCCGUCUACCCGCCGCAUCCGUACGAAUUCGGCUAUGAUAUUAAGGACGAGUUCGGCAACACGCAGUACCGGCAUGAGACCAGCGACGCGCAUAACAACAAGCGUGGUUCUUACGGCUACACCGACGCCAACGGCAUCUCGCGCCAGGUGGACUACGUAGCGGACGCCAAUGGCUUCCGUGCUCACAUUCGCACCAAUGAACCCGGCACGGCUUCCUCGGCACCGGCUGGCGCAGUCUACGACUCCAAGCCCGUGACAGUCAGCGCAGGCGUCAUCAGAUCUCAGCGAGGUGACUUGCUUGUCAAGGCGAGCAGCCAUGAGUGGACGCCAGUUGCAGGAAGGGCGGUAUUUGUGAGCCAGGUCAAGCCCCAUCCAGCCAUCAUUUCUCCAACCAUACCUUUCUUGGAAGAAGCAAGUGGUGGGCAUCGAACGGUUGCUGCACCACCUCGAGUCCACCUUGGAGGAACGAUCGCUCGUUUUCAAAGGCCACCAACGACAGUGGUUAAUAGUGCGAGCCCCGUAGUGGUGGGUGGUCACACUACCCUUGUCGACACGGACGUUAGCGGAACUUCUCGCAAUGCUGCGGGAGUCGUGGCCACUAAGGUUCCGACGGCUCCCACUUCCUCUGGUGGCAACGGUGCCCAUGCGACACUCGCAGUAGUCGCGCUACAGCCCAACCAUCCCCCAAAACUAGCUGGUUAUCACUACAAAGCUAAAAGUCGCUAAAAGACCUUGUCAGCCUUGAAAACGCCGUGUUAGGACGAAAUCGAAAAAAAAAUGUCCCGAGGAAACGAAGUUCCUUUUGGUAACGUGACUCAUGAAUUUUUAUUCAUCACACGGCGGCUGUAGCUCAGUAGAGUGAACUUAUCCACUCUCGAUGACUCAGCCUUUCGAUGCAGCGCAAGAUGAAAGUACACCGUGUCUCGUCGCCUUUCGCAUGAGCGAAGCAACCAGUUCACCCUUAUUUUGCCCCAUUCUCGUUUUAAGUGCUGUCCGAGGUCGUCGAAACGCCUAUAGAGUUAACUUAGCCGAGUUCGCGGCCGUCUGCGCAUGUGAGAUUCCGGAACUACGAGGUCAGAAUCGUUUAGAAAUCGUUCUAAAUUCAAUUACCCAUAGCGAUCAGCAGAACACAUCUAUCGCGGAUAAAUCAAGGGGGUUUGUAUGCAUGUAAUAUUUACAAAAUGGACUGCAGUAACUUCCGAAGUGCGCUGCCGAGAUGGGCCUACUUAGACGCCCACCUUUUUGUAAUCGAAGCGAGCGCAUUGUGCACGUUAAUAUCAUUUUUCAACUGCUAGUAGCACUUUAAAAAAAUAUUUCUCGCCUCUUCAAGAGCUGCAUACUAAGUGUAUAAUACAUAAUAAGUUAUCAUUAAGCAUGUAAUCUUCCAUGCUCUGGGAAACCUUGUAUUAACAGAGACGGAAUGACGCGUAAAGUGGACGUUAAAGCACUAAUAUAUACCGAACACACGUUUUCUUAUAACCUAAGAAUAUAAUUUAUAAGUGAUAAAACAAGUUCAAUGAGUUUUAAUAUUUUUGGGCGCUUCGUGCUUUUACUUACCAGUUUCUUCUAUACGAAGCCAACUGUUCUUCUCGACUUCAUGUUUUAAUGUGACCGUCAUUGUAGAUCUAUGCACAAUACGCGCGUGAAUGAGUUUUUUAGUAGUUUCUCAGAACUGACAUUUUGAUUCCAAGCUAUCCAGCAAGAGAAGGCUGCUAAUAAUAGAGUUAAUACAUUCCGUAUGAGCACAUUAAAGAGUAUUAUGCGUUUUUGUAAUGAAAGGCUUGCCCAUUUAUGCUAAAUGUUAGGUUUUUCAUAGCCUCAUAAUAAAAAUAUGUUCUGCAACUUCAUCGCUUUCCUGUAUCCGCACUUUCCUUGCUUCGAAAGCAAAUUUCGUGAUAUUGUCAUAAUG